CAGCAGCUGGACAAACAUUUUCUGUCCAUUGAGGGAGAGCUCCAUGCAAAAACCGACGGAUGGUUUAGGAAAGAGAUGCCUGAUAGGCUACAGAACAAAGAUAUUGAGAAAUCAAAUGAGAGGCUGGCAGAAGAAGAAAUAAAAAGACAAAAGGUGGUGGGAGAGACAAAGAGAGAGGAAGAACAACUGAAAAAGUUAUUUGCAGCGAUUGAAAAAGAGAAAGGAAGACUAGCAGAUGAAGAGAUGAGGAGAAAAAUGGUGGAGAUGGAGAGAAAGAAAGAAGAGGAUCGACUAACAGGGUUGGUCAUGGCUAUUGAGCGAGAGAAAAUGAGAUGGACAGAAGAGGAAAUAAAGAGAGAGAAAGUGUUGAAUGACAAAAGGAGAGAUGAAGGUCUGCUCAGAGAGUUGGCCACAGCUUUUGAGAGAGAGAAGAACAAACUGAAGGAAGAGGAACUGAAAACAAAAAUUCUUGAGGCUGAAAGACAGAGUCAGGAGGCUUAUUUAAGAGAGCUUGUCAAAGUUUCUGAGAAUGCAACAGCCAAGCUAGCAGAUGCAGAGAGAAAAAGUGAAAUGGUGUUGGGAGAGACUAAGAGAGAUGAAGAACAACUGAAAAAGUUAUUUGCAGCGAUUGAAAAAGAGACAGGAAGACUAGCAGAUGAAGAGAUGAGGAGAAAAAUGGUGGAGAUGGAGAGAAAGAAAGAAGAGGAUCGACUAACAGGGUUGGUCAUGGCUAUUGAGCGAGAAAAAAUGAGAUGGACAGAAGAAGAAAUUAAGAGAGAGAGGGUGUUCAAUGACGUAAGGAGAGAAGAAGAUCUCAGACAGUUGGUCAUAGCUUUUGAAAAAGAGAAAAACAAACUGAAGGAAGAGGAACUGAAAACAAAAAAGCUUCAGGCUGAGAGAGAGAGAGAGGAGGCUCAUUUAAGAGAGCUUGUGAAAGUUACUGAGAAUGCAACCGCCAAACUAGCAGAUGCAGAGAGAAAAAGAGAAAUGGUGUUGGGAGGGACAAAGAGAGCUGACAUGCUCUCAUCAGUUGAAAGCGAGAAGGAAAGACUGAUACAUUUAGAAAAGAAAAGACAAGAGAUUCAAGAUAAACUGAUAGAGGAAGAAAAGAGGAGAGAAAAGAUGGGGAGAUAUAUGGAGAGAGAGGAAAACAGACUGAUACAGUACAAAGAUCUUGAGAAAGAGCCAGCGAGACUGAUAGAAGAAAAUAAGAACGUAGAAAAAGUGGAGAAUGAUAAAACAACAUUACAAAAUAGUUUGAAUGAGUUGUCCAAAGCAAUGGAGAAAGAGGAAGCUAUACUGAUGCAACAAGAGAGGAAAAUGAGAGUCAGACGACUUGAGAGACAGAGGGAUGAAUUGAAAGAGUUGGUCAACACACUUAAGCAGCAGAAAAAGAAACUUGCUGGAGAGCGACAGACGAUGAAUGAGAUUCCGAGCAAGAGAGAAAAAGAGCAGGACAGACCGAUGGAGCUGGUGAAAGCAGCUGAAAAAGAAAAAGAGAAACUGAUGAAAGAUGAGAUAAAAAGAGAACAGCUGGGGACAGAGAGAACACAGAUAAAGAAGAUAAGCAUGGCAACAGACAGACAGAAAGAGAAAAUGGUGGAAGAGGAAAAGCAAGAAAAAAGGGAGGAAAGUCAAGGAAAAGUAGAGGAAGAACAGUCAAAUCAGUUGUCCGUAGUAACGGAGCAAGAUAGACUGAUGGAGGAAGCAAGAAAGAGAGAAAAGGAGGAGAGAGAGAAUAGAAGACAAGACGUCUUUCUGGCUGAAUUUAAGAGAGAGAAUGAGACAUACACACAUACAUGUGGUGAGGAACUCAAGUCAAAGGAGAUGGAUCAAAGAAAAGUUGAGAAGAAUGAUAAAGAAACGAUGAUAGAGGGAAAGAAGAGCAAAGUGAUAGGUGGUCAGAAAAAGGAAGAAAAGACAUUGAUGAAGGACCAAAACAAGUGUGAAUCUGUGAAGGUGGCAACACAAGCCAGAAUGGGAAAAGAGUCGAGAAUGGAGAGAGAGGAAAACAGACUAAUACACCUGGUCAAAGAUCUUGAGAAAGAGCCAGCGAGACUGAUAGAAGAAAAUAAGGACGUAGAAAAAAUGGAGAAUGACAAAACGACAAUGCAAAAUAGUUCGAAUGAGUUGUCCAAAGCAAUGGAGAAAGAGGAAGCUAUACAGAUGCAGCAAGAGAGAAAAAGGAGACACAUACAACUUGAGAGACAGAGGGAUGAAUUGAAAGAGUUGGUCAACGCACUUAAGCAGCAGAAAAAGAAACGUGCUGAAGAGCAAAAGACAAUGAAUGAGAUAGAGAGCAAGAGAGUAAAAGAGCAGGACAGACUGAUGGAGCGAGUGAAAGCAGCUGAAAAAGAAAAAGAGAAACCGAUGGAAGACGAGAUAAAAAAAGAACAGCUGCGGACUGAGAAAACACUGACAAAGAAGAUAACCACGGCAACGGAUAAACCGAAAGAAAGACUGUUGGAAGAGAAAGAGCAACAAAAAAGGGUUGAAUGGCAGGGAAAAGGAGAGGAAGAACAGUCAAAUCAGUUGUCUGUAGUAACGGAGCAAGAUAGACUGAUGGAGGAAGCAAGAAAGAGAGAAAAGGAGGAGAGGGAGAGUGGAAGACAGGAAGUCUUUCUGGCUGAAUUUAAGAGAGAGAAUGAGACAUACACACAUACAUGUGGUGAGGAGCUCAGGUCAAAGGAGAUGGAUCAAAGAAAAGUCGAGAAGAAUGAUAAAGAAACGAUGAUAGAGGGAAAGAAGAGCAAAGUGACAGGUGGUCAGAAAGAAGAAGAAAAGACAUUGAUGAAGGACCAAAAGAAGUGUGAAUCUGUGAAGGUGGCAACACAAGCAAAAAUGGGAAAAGAGUUGGGAAUGGAGAGAGUGGGAAACAGACUAAUACACCUGGUCAAAGAUCUUGAGAAAGAGCCAGCGAGACUGAUAGAAGAAAAUAAGGACUUAGAACAAAUGGAGAAUGACAAAACGACGAUGCAAAAUAGUUCGAAUGAGUUGUACAAAGCGAUGGAGAAACAGGAAGCUAUACAGAUGGAGCAAGAGAGAAAAAUGAGACACAAACAACUUGAGAGACAGAGGGAUGAAUUGAAAGAGUUGGUCGACGCACUUAAGCAGCAGAAAAAGAAACUUGCUGAAGAGCAAAAGACGAUGAAUGAGAUUCAGAGCAAGAGAGAAAAAGAGCAGGACAAACUGAUGGAGCGGGUGAAAGCAGCUGAAAAAGAAAAAGAGAAACUGAUGAAAGAUGAGAUAAAAAGAGAACAGCUGGGGACAGAGAGAACACAGAUAAAGAAGAUAACCAUGGCAACAGACAGACAGAACGAGAAAAUGGUGGAAGAGGAAAAGCAAGAAAAAAGGGAGGAAAGGGAGGGAAAAGGAGAGGAAGAACAGUCAAAGCAGUUGUCCGUAGUAACGGAGCAAGAUAGACUGAUUGAGGAAGCAAGAAAGAGAGAAAAGGAGGAGAGAGAGAGUGGAAGACAGGAAGUCUUUCUGGCUGAAUUUAAGAGAGAGAAUGAGACAUACACACAUACAUGUGGUGAGGAACUCAAGUCAAAGGAGAUGGAUCAAAGAAAAGUUGAGAAGAAUGAUAAAGAAACUAUGAUAGAGGGAAAGAAGAGCAAAGUGACAGGUGGUCAGAAAAAGGAAGAAAAGACAUUGAUGAAGGACCAAAAGAAGUGUGAAUCUGUGAAGGUGGCAACACAAGCCAGAAUGGAAAAAGAGUUGGGAAUGGAGAGAGAGGAAAACAGACUAAUACACCUGGUCAAAGAUCUUGAGAAAGAGCCAGCGAGACUGAUAGAAGAAAAUAAGGACUUAGAACAAAUGGAGAAUGACAAAACGACGAUGCACAAUAGUUCGAAUGAGUUGUACAAAGUGAUGGAGAAACAGGAAGCUAUACAGAUGGAGCAAGAGAGGAAAAUGAGAGACCAACAACUUGAGAGACAGAGGGACGAAUUGAAAGAGUUGGUCAACACACUUAAGCAGCAGAAAAAGAAACGUGCUGAAGAGCAAACGACGAUGAAUGAGAUUCAGAGCAAGAGAGAAAAAGAGCAGGACAGACUGAUGGAGUGGGUGAAAGCAGCUGAAAAAGAAAAAGAAAAACUGAUGGAAGACGAGAUAAAAAGAGAACAGCUGGGGACAGAGAGAACACUGAUAAAGAAGAUAACCAUGGCAACGGAUAAACCGAAAGAGAGACUGUUGGAAGAGGAAAAGCAACAAAAAAGGGUUGAAUGGCAGGGAAAAGGAGAGGAAGAACAGUCAAAUCAGUUGUCUGUAGUAACGGAGCAAGAUAGACUGAUGGAGGAAGCAAGAAAGAGAGAAAAGGAGGAGAGAGAGAGUGGAAGACAGGAAGUCUUUCUGGCUGAAUUUAAGAGAGAGAAUGAAACAUACACACAUACAUGUGGUGAGGAACUCAGGUCAAAGGAGAUGGAUCAAAGAGAAGUUGAGAAAAAUGAAACUCUGAUAGAAGCAAUGAAGAGCAAAGUGACAGGUGGUCAGAAAGAAGAUGAAACGACAUUGAUGAAGGACCAAAAGAAGUGUGUGAAGGAAUCUGUGAAGGUGGCAACACAAGCAAAAAUGGGAAAAGAGUUGGGAAAGGAGAGAGUGGGAAACAGACUAAUACACCUGGUCAAAGAUCUUGAGAAAGAGCCAGCGAGACUUGAGAGACAGAGGGAUGAAUUGAAGUUGGACACAACACUUGAGCAACAGAAACAGAAACUUGCUGAAGAGCAAAAGACGAUGAAUGAGAUUCAGAGCAAGAGAGAAAAAGAGCAGGACCGACUGAUGGAGCGGGUGAAAUACACAUAUACAUGUGGUGAGGAACUCAAGUCAAAAGAGAUGGAUCAAAGGAACGUUGAGGAGAAUGAUAAAGAAACUCUGAUAGAAGGAAAGAAGAGCAAAGUGACAGGUGGUCAGAAAAAGGAAGAAAAGACAUCGAUAAUGGACAAAAAUAAGUGUGAAUCUGUGAAGGUGGCAACACAAGCAAAAAUGGGAAAAGAGUUGAGAAUGGCGAGCAAAGAUGAGCAUGAAAAGCAAGUAGUAAAGAAAAAGGCAGAUGAGAGAAUGUUAGAAGAUACACAAAGAAAGGAAGAAAUUAAGAAAAAGGAGUUGGAGGAGGCAGGACAGAAAAAGGUCCAGAAAAGGACUUCAAAAAAGAAGAGUGUGAAGUCUCCAGCUGCAAAGACACCAUCAGGUCAAAGCAAUAGCAAGACAGCCCAGAUUAUAGGCCAUAACGUGCCUUUUCCAGAGUGCAAAGACUACUCCAUCUUCUGUGUCCAGAAGUGACAAGACAUUGAUUGAAAG